CCGCGCGCGGGGCCCGAGCGCCGGGCGGCGCCGCCCGGGACCGGGGUCAGGCGGCCCCGAUACUACGGCGAGUCGCUCUGCGGGCCGAGACGGAGCAGCCAAGGGCAAAGAACACUUGAGGAAACCAGCUUCAAAGAAGGAAAUUACUACAAAGGAAUAACCUGAUCAGAUUCAUCAGAGCAGCAUUGAACAGUUUUGAUAGCCAUCACAAUCCCCAAGUGCUUCAAAAAGGAAUUAAUGAUAAAACGGAAAAGAAAAUGACUUCUGCUGAGAAGCUAUCAUCAAGUUCUGAAAUGGAGAAAGCCAAGGUUGCUUCACUGCCUCCCUGUGCAAAUCCUGGCAAUCCUGUGUUCUCCUGCAUGUUGGACCCGAAGACAUUAACUACCAAUAAUUUUUUGACAAAACCUCAGCUUUUAUUAUUUAAAACAACUUCAAGUGAAUAUGGUGCCAUACCACCUACCUCACAGAUGGUACCCUGUAAAUACCAUGCAAAAGUUCAAACAUUUUCAAAACAACUAUUAACUUGUGGAUUGCGACAACACAAUUUUAUCAACACUGCCAUUGACAAAAGUAGGGUCUGUGACUACCCAAACCUGCAGCAUACUCUGUAAAAUUGUGUUCCUGAAUUUUUCCUUUAUUUGCUGAAAGACUAGCCUUCUAGAUUUGGCUUGUUAUUUUUAUUAUACCCAAUUAUUUUAUUAAUAGUAUCAGAUAAGAUGGAGACAAUGUAAGUGACUAUUUCCGAGUAUUUUUUCUGCAUUCAAGUGAAAUAUACAAAUGUUAAAUAAAAAACUCUUGAAUUUAACUUGA